AUGAUAUACCAUGGUUGGCCAGAAUAUAGUAGUGACUCUCCGCCUGAUCUGAAAGAAUACUGGACUUUCAGAGAAGAUGUAAGUGUCGAGAAUGGCUUGGUCUUAAAGGGACACCGUCUAGUAAUUCCAGACAAACUGCGUCCUCAGAUGCUAAAUAUCAUCCAUCAAGGACAUCUUGCGUCUGAGAAAUGCCAGCUGAAGGCUAAAGAUUGCUUCUUCUGGCCUGGUAUCUCAAAAGAUAUUAAAGAGAUGACUGCCUCAUGUAACACAUGCAUACAGUUCUCGAAACAGCAGCCCAGGGAAACCUUGUUUCCACACAACGUGCCAAGCUACCCAUGGCAAAAGGUAGCCUCUGAUCUGUUUGACUACAAAGGAGCACAGUACCUAAUCACAGCUGAUUACUACAGCAAAUUCCCAGUGGUCCGAAAACUACAGACUACUUCAUCAACAUAUAUCAUUCAACAGUUAAAAUCCAUAUUUGCAGAAAAUGGAAUACCGGAAACCUUGGUUUCGGAUAAUGGGUCACAGUAUAUAGCAGUCGUGAGUUCGCUUCAUUCUGUGAAUCAUGGGGAAUCACUCAUGUGA